CCUUUCGUCAUUCCAGGGUGGAACUACAAUGAAUGGCAGGAAGUUACUGCAACCAAUCACCAUUCACGAACUAUGCAGAAGUUGUAUUCACAGAUAAUCCUACACAUGAGUACAAACACCAGCGACUGACGGACAGGAGGGCAGAUUCAUUUUAGUAUUAUUAUUAGCUUGCUAGUAAUCUAUUAAAUAUACACAUUUGAUACAAUUUCUACGUGGGUAUGGAAGAGGAGGUAACGAAAACCACAGGCGAACUCUCAGUGGGUGAGAUGUAUGUGUCUGACAAAGAAGGAAAUGACCAGGACGGUGAUGGAACAGAGCCGAAGCCUUUCAAGACCUCAUUGAGGGCAGAGGAUUCUGAGAGACGAGAGAAGAACCUGGAAGAAGCGAAGAAAAUCACCAUUGAGAAUGACUCGAGCCUUCCAGAGCCCAAAACGGUGAAAAUCUUUCAGCUGGAGCCUCUCCGAGGGGAGAGAGUGAAGGUGUUUGGCUGGGUGCACCGAAUGAGAAAACAAGGAAAGGACCUGCUGUUCAUUGUGCUGAGAGAUGGAACUGGUUUCCUGCAGUGUGUUCUCAAUGAUAAAUUGUGUCAGUGCUAUAAUGCCCUGGUGCUGUCCACUGAAAGCACAGUGGCUCUGUAUGGGACAGUGAAGCAAGUACCUGAGGGGAAGCAGGCUCCUGGUGGUCAUGAGCUGCACUGUGACUUCUGGGAGCUGGUGGGUCUGGCGCCGGCUGGAGGAGCUGACAACCUGCUGAAUGAGGAGUCUGAUGUUGACGUUCAGCUCAACAACAGACACAUGAUGAUCCGUGGGGAGAACGUGUCCAAGAUACUCCGGAUCCGCUCCACUGUCACACAGUGCUUCAGGGAUCACUUCUUUACCCGCGGAUACAAUGAGAUCACCCCACCCACUCUGGUGCAGACCCAGGUGGAGGGAGGUUCCACCCUGUUCAACCUGAACUACUUUGGGGAGGAGGCAUUCCUGACCCAGUCCUCUCAGCUCAGCCUGGAGACCUGUAUCCCUGCUCUGGGAGACACCUUCUGUAUCGCACAGUCCUACCGUGCAGUGCAGUACAUCACCCGCAGGCACCUGUCUGAGUACACUCACAUAGAGGCAGAGUGCCCCUUCAUCACCUAUGAGGACCUACUGAGCAGGCUGGAAGAUCUGGUGUGUGAUGUGGUGGACAGAGUCCUGAAGUCUCCUGCUGCUUCUCUACUCUACCAAGUCAACCCUGACUUCAAGCCCCCUAAGAGGCCCUUCAAGAGGAUGAACUACUCUGAUGCCAUCAUCUGGCUGAAGGAGCAUGACAUCAAAAAGGAUGAUGGGACCUACUAUGAGUUUGGAGAGGACAUCCCAGUGGUCCCAGAGAGGCUGAUGACUGAUGCCAUCGGUGAGAUCAUCCUGUUGUGCCGCUACCCGGCUGAGAUCAAGUCCUUCUACAUGAAGCACUGUCCUGAGGACCGACGCCUCACUGAGACGGUGGAUGUGCUGAUGCCUAACGUUGGAGAGGUAGUUGGAGGGUCUAUGAGGAUCUGGGAUGUUGAGGAACUGCUGGAGGGAUACAAGAGGGAAGGCAUUGACCCAAACCCUUACUACUGGUACACUGACCAGAGGAAGUAUGGUACCUGUCCCCAUGGUGGCUACGGGCUGGGCCUGGAGAGGUUCCUAACCUGGCUGCUGAACAGACACCACAUUAGAGACGUGUGUCUCUACCCCCGCUUCAUCCUACGCUGCCGACCCUGAACUACCAACUACCCUGCCCCCUGCUGGAGAUGGAUCACACUGCGCUUCAAGAGACCAAGAUGUACAUCCCAAAUGGCAACCUAUUCCCUAUAUAGUGAUAUUUUUUACCAGAGCACUAUCCCUGUGUAGAGCCCUUUAUUUUUUUCUACUGCGCUUCAAGAGACCAAGAAUCAAAUCUAAUUGUAUUUUGUCACAUGCACCGAAUUAGCGUGAAAUGCUUUUCAAGCGCUUAACCAACAAUGCAGUUCAAUAAAUAGAUUUAAGAAAAUAUUUACUAAAUAAACUAAAGUUUAAAAAAUCAAAUCAAUCGCAAGGUAACAGAAGAAAUGUACAUAACAAUAACGAGGCUAUAUACAGGGGGUACCGGUACAGAGUCAAUGUGGAGGCUAUAUACAGGGUGUUACGGUACAGAGUCAAUGUGGAGGCUAUAUACAGGGUGUUACGGUACUGAGUCAAUGUGUGGGGUUACAAUCGAGGUAAUUUGAAUGAAUUCUAAAUGGCAACCUAUUCCCUUAUAUAGUGCUAUUUUUUUACCAGAGCAUCCCAAUAGCAACCUUUUCCCUUAUUUUAUUUUUAAAGAAAAAAUAAAGAGAGCUAAUGUGCGCUAACGUGAUUAUCAUGACAUUGUAAGUAACAAGAACAUUUCCCCAGUCAUAGAUAUCUCUUAUAUGGGCAGAAAGCUUCAAUUCUUGUCAAUCUAACUGCACUGUCCAGUUUACAGUAGCUAUUACAGUGAAAAAAGACAAUGCUAUUUUUUUGAGGAUACCAUGAUAUUUUUUUGAGGAUAGUGCACAACAACAAAACACUUAUCCAGGCAACUGGUUUGAUACAUUCACCUCUGAAGGUAAAUUAUGUACUUAAAUUCAGUAAUCUUGCUCUGAUUUGUCAUCCUGAAGGUCCCAGAGAUACAAUGUAGCAUAUUUUUGUUUGAUAAAAAUCUAUUUUUACAUUCAAAUGUAGGAACUUGGUUCUACAGUUUCAACUCCUGCUGUCUCUGGCUCCACACCCACCCACCCACCCCGCCCGGCCAUCUAGAUGUGUACAAGCUAAUGAUCCAUCAUGUAUGACAUUCUUGGGAGUGUGUAAACUUAAACAUUUUGUUUAACCAUAUAAUUUUUGUAUGUUCUCUAUAGUUAUGUACUUGAAAAUGUAUCAAUUGACCAAUUUGGCACAUUUGGGCAGAUACAUAAUAUUGUCCAGUAUUGAAAAUGGUUCACUGGAACAAUCUUAAACUUUUUACACACUGCUGCCUUCUAGUGGCCAAACUCUAAAUUGCACCUGAACUGCAAUAAUACAUUAUGGCCUUUCUCUUGCAUUUCAAAGAUGGAAGUAUCCAGAUCUAAUGUGUAAUAUUCUCCUACAUUAAUUUCACAUUUCCACAAACUUCAAAGUGUUUCCUUUGAAAUGGUAUCAAGAAUAUGCAUAUCUUUGCUUCAGGUCCUGAGCUACAGGCAGUUAGAUUUGGGUAUGUAAUUUUAGGGGGAAGAAAAGGGUCAGAUCCUUUUAACUAGGCAAGUCAGUAAAAAUAACAUUCUUAUUUACAAUGACGGGCUACUCCGGCCAAACCCGGACGACGGUGGGCCAAUUGUGCGUCGCCCUUAUGGGACUCCCAAUCACGGACGGUUGUUAAACAGCCCUAUAUAGUGCUAUUUCUUUUUUAUCAGAGCAUCCCAAAUGGCAACCUAUUCUUGUUUGUAGUGCUAAUUUUGACCAGGACCAAUAGUAGUGCACUAUAUAGAAAAGAGUGUCAUUUGGGAAGAAGCCCCAUCAUCCUACUGCACUGCAAAAGCCAACAUACAAGGCUGGAGAACUAAGACAAGAUCACUUAAUUACAGUAACAAAUCCCUGCAAAUGUAAGAUUUGAAAAGUGUUUUCAAACAUGAAAUUCAUGCUGUCCAGCUAAUGUUAUUUGUCUGCCAAUAAAUGUAUACUGCAUAAGCUACAA